AUGGGGUACAAUGAAUUGGAGGCUUCAAUGGCAAUAGAAAGAUGCGGUAUAAAGAAUUUUCAUGUAUUGACUCGUCACUUGUUGAAUUUCAUAUCAACUGCUCAAAUUUCAAAGGCAGAAGAUGGCCAUCUUCCCCUUGAAGAGAUGCGUACACAUCUGCGGAGUAAGUAUCCUGAGAAGAAUAAAAGGGAACUUUGUGAAUUUUCAUUGCUGAAAAGGAAAAGGAUUAUGGGACAUGGAAACCAGAUCAUAGGGGAAGAUGCUGGUGCAAUUCAUUUCCCAAAUCCAAUGAAUGGGUUUGGGACUCCAGCUGAUCUCUGUCAAAUCCACAGAACUCUUCCAGAGGCAGCCACAAAACCUCCUUAUUUUUACUAUGAGAAUGUGGCAUUGACUCCUAAAGGAGUUUGGAGCACUAUAUCCCGCUUUUUGUAUGACGUGAAGCCUGAGUUUGUUGAUUCGAAGCUCUUAAAGACUGACGAAGAUGAAAUCCCAUCAGAAAGUGUCCAUCGCUAUGUUCUUUAUGAAUGCCACAAGUGGAAUCUUGUCUGGGUAGGAAAGAAAAAGGUGGCCCCACGUGAGCCUGAUGAAGUAGAAAUGUUUUUGGGGCUCCCAAGGGACCAUACAAGGAGAAUAAGCAGGACAGAUAGAUACAAGUCACUUGGAAAUUCAUUCCAGUUGUCCCAGCAUUUUGAAAUUACAUUUGCUUAUGGUUCAUUGGCAUUUAGAUAUUCUCUGCUAAUAAAUUCGCUCAUGGAUUCAUUUGCAUUUAUAUUUCCUACAGUUUCAGUUAUAUUUGCUUCAGUUUUCACUUUUUUGGAGAUUUCAGAGGUGAGUAGAAAUGUUGUGAGGUGUUGGUGGGAGCAGACAAACCAGAGAGGGAACUUGUAUCACCUUGCUGAUGUGCAAGAGUUGAAUGCUGACCACUUGGAGCAUUAUAUCAGUUCCUUUGGCGGGUUUGAUCUGCUGAUUGGUGGCAGUCCAUGUAACAAUCUUGCGGGUGGCAACAGACACCAUCGGGAUGGGCCUCAGGGUAAAGAAUCUUCUCCUUUCUAUGACUAUUUUCGUAUAUUGGAUUUGGUCAAGGGUAUUAUGGCAAGAUACAAUUGA